GCUUUUCUAAACAGCCUGACACUGACGGGAGGCAGCGAAACUAUAAGAAGUCUGGGUUGGGCAGACAGCAGAAAGCCAGCGGAGUCGCAGAGGAGAUGGCCAGCUACCUAAAAGCCAUCUGGAAGUGGAGAUUUCAGAGAGUGGUCUUCAGAACUGCCCAACUCCUUUUCUUCAGUGUCCUGAUCUCUGAACUAAUGAACCAGAGAGAAGCGGCAGCGUGGAUCUAUAAUUACAGCAACAAAGCGUACACAUGGAACUCUUCCCGGGCUUUCUGCCAGAAGCACUACACGGAUCUAGUGGCCAUCCAGAAUAAAAAUGAAAUCGCUUACCUCAACGACGUCAUACCUCCCUACAGCUCUUACUACUGGAUUGGGAUCCGAAAGAUCGAUAAUAAAUGGACCUGGGUGGGAACCAAAAAGACUCUUACCGAGGAGGCCGAGAACUGGGCUGACAACGAGCCCAACAACAAGAGGAACAACCAGGACUGUGUGGAGAUGUACAUCAAGAGUCCGUCGGCCCCCGGCAAGUGGAAUGAUGAGCCCUGCUGGAAGAAAAAGCGGGCACUAUGCUACACAGCCUCCUGCCAGGAAAUGUCGUGUAGCAAGCAAGGAGAGUGCAUCGAGACCAUUGGGAACUACACCUGCUCUUGCUACCCUGGAUUCUAUGGACCAGAAUGUGAAUAUGUCAGAGAGUGUGGAGAAUUUGACCUCCCUCAACAUGUGCUCAUGAACUGCAGCCACCCUAUCGGAAACUUCUCUUUCAACUCAGAAUGCAGCUUCCACUGCGCUGAAGGGUACAAACUGAAUGGACCCAGCAAGCUAGAAUGUUUGGCUUCUGGAAUGUGGACAAAUAAGCCCCCACAGUGUGUAGCUGCGCAGUGCCCACCCCUGAAGACUCCUGAGCGAGGAAACAUGACCUGUCUUCAUGCUGCAGAAGCAUCCCCGCACCAGUCCAGCUGCAGCUUCCAUUGUGAAGAGGGGUUUGCACUGGUUGGGCCGGAGGUGGUGCAGUGCACAGCCUUGGGGGUGUGGACAGCCUCAGCCCCCGUGUGUAAAGCUGUGCACUGUCAGCGCCUGGAAGCCCCCAGCAAAGGAACCAUGGACUGUGCUCAUCCCCUCGCUGCCUUUGCAUAUGGUUCCAGCUGCAAAUUUGAGUGCGAACCUGGCUAUCAAGUGAGAGGCUGGGACACACUUCGCUGUAUUGGCCAUGGCCAGUGGACGGGACCCUUGCCAGCCUGUGAGGCCAUUGCGUGUGAGCCACUGGAGAGUCCUGUCCACGGAAGCAUGGAUUGCUCCUCAUCCUUGACAGCAUUUCAGUACACCACCAGGUGUAGCUUCCAUUGUGCUGAGGGUUUCAUGCUGAGUGGAGCUGACAUAGUUCAGUGCACUGAACUGGGACAGUGGACAGCACCAGCCCCAGUCUGUCAAGCUUUGCAGUGCCAGCAUCUGGCUCCAAACAAGGCCCAGGUGAACUGCUCCCACCCUUUUGGUGCCUUCAGGUACCAGUCAACAUGUAGCCUGACCUGUGACGAGGGCUUCCUCCUGGUAGGAGCGAGCGAGCUGCAGUGCUUGGAGACUGGGAACUGGAGUUCUCCUCCUCCAGAAUGCAGAGCCAUUACCUGCACACCUCUGCCAAACCCUCAGAAUGGAACAAUGACCUGUGUCCAACCUCUUGGAGAUUCCAGUUAUAAGUCCGCAUGCCAGUUCACCUGUGAUGAGGGAUUCUCUUUAUCUGGACCAGAAAGAUUGGAUUGUACUCCAUCUGGACACUGGACAGGUUCCCCACCAACGUGUGAAGCCAUCAAGUGCCCAGCAUUAUUUGCCCCCGAGCGGGGAAGCCUGGGCUGUUCUGACACUCGUGGAGAGCUCGGGGCUGGCUCCACCUGCCAUUUCUCCUGUAAUGAGGGCUUCACGCUGGAGGGCUUCGACGACGUUGAAUGCACAGCUUCUGGAAGGUGGACAGCACUGCCACCGACCUGCAAAAGUGUAGUAUCAGCGUCUACUCCAGAGGUGCAAUGCCCAGCCCUCAUCACUCCAGAGCAGGGAACAAUGUCCUGUAGGCAUCAUCUGGGAACAUUCGGUUUGAAUACCACUUGUUACUUUGGAUGCAAAGCUGGAUUCACACUCGUGGGAGAUAGUGCUCUCGGAUGCAGACCUUCAGGACAAUGGACAGCAGUAGCUCCAGCGUGCAGAGCUGUCAAGUGCUCCAAGCUGCACAUUAUUGAGCCAAUAGUGAUGAACUGCUCCAACCCCUGGGGAAAUUUCAGCUAUGGAUCAACCUGCAGCUUCCAUUGUCCAGAGGGUCAAUUACUUAAUGGCUCAGCGAGAACAGCGUGCCAAGAGAAUGGCCAGUGGUCAACUACCAUGCCAAGCUGCCAAGCAGAGCCACUGCCGAUCCAGGAAGCCCUGACUUACAUGGGUGGAGCUGUGGCUUCUGCAAUAGGUUUGGUGAUGGGUGGGACACUCCUGGUUCUGCUCAGAAGGCGUUUCAAACGAAAAGAUGAUGGGAAAAGUCCCUUGAACCCUCAAAGCCACCUAGGAACAUAUGGAGUUUUUACAAAUGCUGCAUUUGACCCAAGCCCUUAAGAGACUGUCCUUUUCUUGGUCACCUCAAUCAACCUCCACAGGAUUCUGUUUUUAACUAUCAGGUUUCCUGCUAGACUUGACUUUAACUGUAGUGUCAUUGCUGCAGUUUUCUGUAAAUACUUGUGAAUAAAGGACAUGGAAUUUCCUUGAGAUUAGCUCUGAACCAGAGCAGAAGGAUUGUAGCACAAGCCAAGCUCUCCACCCACCCUUCCUGUUCCACCUCUCCCUUCCUCCAACACAAGCCUCAGGAGCCAGGAUUGAACGUUCUACAGUGCUCUGUGGGCCUUGCCUGUGCUGUCACUUGAAAUACCAAUUAGCCAGAGACUGGAGCAUCUGACUCACCAGAAGUCCAGACUGUGGAGCAAUAAAAAUGCCUCUGCUUUGUUGGAAGGCAGGCAGUGUCUCUGACUUGAAGAAAUUCCUGUAAGAACUUCUGGGGUCUCCAGCGGUUGCUGUUUAUGAAGCCUCUUAGACCUCUGCUGCAAGGCUUCCAGAGAAACCUCUGGGUGGUACCAGAGGCUGCAGAAGAUCAGGAAUCAAGACAGGAAGGCACGCGUCACUGCAGACCUUCCCUAUACUAGUCACUCUGCCCCUAAAGACUCAAAGACCAAUAUCCAAAUGUGUAAUUAAAAGGA